GAGGAAGUGAUUUCUUGGUUUUCGCCGUUUCUUCUCCUCCGGAUCAUCGGAUUAAUCUUAGCCUUUGGGGCUUUGAUGGCCUUGAUCUUACUAUCAGGACCUAGCUCAGACGAGGGUGGAGUAGCUGCAUUACCAUUGAGGAAAUUCAAUCGGUUCACUACUCUGCCUUGGUCUACAUCUAACAUAAUUGCCGAUCCUACAUCAAGCACGACCGUCCCUGAUAUUUCCACCUCCAACGGGGCCUUUGCCAGAUCAAUCACUUCGGAAUCAGUCGCCACUCAAUCAACCUCAGUGGAGACAAGAGUGAGCGAGGAAUCAUCUACCUCAGCAUUAAAAAUAACUACAUUUGAAAGUUCUCCAAGAGAGGUUUCAGAAGAGGUAGCAUUUACCUCUAAAGAGGAUGCAAUUACAAGCGAAAUCACACCAUCUGAAAGCACUCUAUUAACAACAAUAGCAGAGGCUACCACGACCACUUCAACGACCUCUCCGACGACAACAUAUGUUUCUGCAACCGAAACCAAAAUGACCUUCGUGACACUGACUACAGAAGCAUCCAGUUUAGAUGCGAUGGUGGAAACGACGCGUUUCGAGGAAUUUCCUAACGCUAUUGAGGAAGCAUUUUCAUAAAAUUAUUUGCAAUUGAUGUGAUGCCAUCAAUCUGCCUUAAACAAAAUACAUGAAACCACUCAUUCAAUUACCAAUGAAAAUUGGUAGAUGUUUGGGGGCUGCAUGAAGGCAAGCCAUAUCAGUAUGAUAUCUACGUGACAUGACGUGCAGAACCCCGUUCGAUAAUAUUUAUACCUUACAUUCUGCCUCCUCGUCACCUUUCUUUCUCUGGAAUUCAAAGGGCAGCCGGUAGGCUUUGAGCCUUGAAGGGGAGAAAUAAGAAAGGUAUGAAGGCCAAAAAAGUAGGGAAAGAACGAAUGUUUUCCUUCGGCAGGAUAUAGUUCCACAACACAUUCUUGACGGGGAAAAUGCCUUCGUCGUCCUUCCCUCAAUUUGCGAAUGGUUGUGUAUCCACUCCAUUGGAUAAAAGAACACAUCUUCCGAAGCCUUUGUAUGAGCGCAAAUUGUCAGAUGAGCGGACGGAUCAGGUCUCACCUGAGAAAAGGCUACAUUUUGACAGUGAUCCACAAGUCAGGGUGUAUCCGUCUACCACUGACAGUUAUCCCGAAGGAGAUGACGAAGAGGAGAACGAGGAAAGCAUCCAAUUGCCAUGGCAACCCCAUCAAGAAUUCAACAACCUUCCCAGACCAUCGUCGUACCUGGCAUCAGAAUCGGCGGAUAUCGAUGGCAAUAACAUGGGGAAUGAUUACGAACCUGGAAGUUAUCGGGAGUGCUCUUGUGGGGACGAGAAUUUGGAAUUUCUAGAACGUCUUCACAAGUUAAAACAAGAAAAUCUGGCACGUUUGGAACGUCUGCAGAAUGAGGACCACGAUCUUAUUCAGGAACACAUGCUCUGUCAAGAAAUUUGUCAUUGCUGUCCAAACCAAUACCCCGGAAAUUGGUCUUACAUGUGUCAAGAAUAUGAGAUUUGUGACGAUCCCCACUACUCAUGUCCCGUCUCCCCAGAGGGUCUCAUCCGAUUCGAUAGAGUGGAAACCGAUUCAGAGGACGAAGAGUUUGACCAAAAUUAUAAUCGGAUGAAGGUUCGAAAAAAGCGCCGAGCAAGGAGCGCCUCUGCUUUAGGAAAUAGUUCCAAAACCACAAUGAUUCAACCGUUCCAAAUGACUUUAAGAGAGGAACAAAAACGCCAAGAACGAGAUGAGAUGUUAGAUUUAAUGAGGGAACAAGGUCACUUUGGGGACAAGUCGGCUCAGAUUCAGCCUAUUGGUGGAUAUAAAUUUCAAGCCACGCCUGUCCCAGACCACGUGUAUCGGCCCCUUUUUCGUGAAAUGGUUGCCGAGCAUCCCCAAAGAUUUCCCAGGAGAACUCGUGGGAAAAUGUCGAGCCGAAUGCAGCGUUCCCGUUCAAAUCCUGAACUAAAGGGACAUAGCUACCCACUGAAAGCCAAAGAAUUUCCUGCCCACAUAUUCACCAAUUACGCUUAUGAAAAACAAAGAGAAGCCGAUCGAUACCGCCAACUGCAACGAGAACUACGCCAAAAGGAGUUGUAUAAGAAGUCCAAAUGGCCCCCACGCAUGAAGGAGUCCAUUGAAAUGAACAAAGGGAUCAAAUCCAAGCUGAAAAAGCAUAAAUCUCAAAGAGCAUCUUCUGUGGGUAGAAAUAACCUUGCUGUUUCAAGCAAAAAAGUCCCUGAUUUUGAUGCUUUGUACCACAAGUUUCAAGCCAAUUUGGAAAACCAGAAAGGAACUAGGAUGUCUACUGUCGUAGAGCCAUUCUCCUUUGAUGCCAGAGAUCAAGAAUUUCUGCAAAGAAGGCCAAAGUCAGCCAUGGCUCAUUUUGAUCCUCCAAAACCACCGACCAGAUCAAAAUCCCUAGCCUCCCUGCUCUACGAGAACUCCUGUCGGACUCGAAGUACCACUGCCAAUGAUCUCCGUACUCGACAUAACCUUCGGAAGCUUAGCAAAUUUGAGAAACAGGAUCGGAGAGAAGCUCAGAAGGCUCUGGAGCUUGAGCUCCGGCAGCGGGAGAUGAGACGGAACAACCCGGCUUGGGCCCAACUCCAGGAAGAUCUAGUUGACUGUAACGAGAUUGAACGCAAGAAGCUGGAGCGCUUGGCCAUGGAAAGAGAUCGAAUCGAGGAGUAUCAAUGGGAGUUGGAAAAGAUGUUCCAAAGAGUCAAUGAGGGGCCCACAUUAUUCGAAAGACAGGCCAAGUUAAGUGCCAAACAAAAUGCGGAAAAGCGAUAUCAAGAGGUACUGAAGAAGGAGGGGUUAGUGGACAACGAUUUUCAGUCCAAACCUAAACUUCACCGUCGGAGGAAGAGCCGUUUCCGAUUGAGUCAGAAGAUCUACGAUGAUGGGCUUCAAAUUCCCUCUGUCCAUGGUUUAGGACGGAUUUCUCAGGCUGAUUCGUCGUCCGUGGUCUCUGAGUGUGACUCAUCGUCGGUCACCUCAGAGUGGCCUAAUGUUCACCCACAUUACCAUUAUUAAGUUUGAAAAGUUUUGAACAAGUUGCACUUUGUUUCAUCUUGAUGUUUGUUAUUUUGAUGAUACCGAAUGAUGUCUAUUGAGAUUGAACCAAAGUUGUCUUUAUCCAUUUAGGUAGAUACUUU